CUCAGCUCUAUUUAUUCAUUUUUAACAGAAAAUUUAAAGAACACUUAAUUUACAGAAAUCGAGAGUUUCUCUGUCGACUAAAUCACAAUAAUCCUGAGUUUUAAACCUCCAACCCAGCAGCUGUAACCUAGCAACUGUAACCUAGCAACUGUAACCCAGCAGCUGUAACCUAGCAACUGUAACCUAGCAACUGUAACCCAGCAGCUGUAACCUAGCAACUGUAACCUAGCAGCUGUAACCUAGCAACUGUAACCUAGCAACUGUAACCCAGCAGCUCAUGACCUCCCAAGUAUUACUACACCCGGAUGAUGACUUGACCCAGGACGAUGAGCAGAUCUGGAGCUCACUCAUUGACCAGGUCAAGGUCGGGGAUACUCCUCGCAAAUCUCAGGAGCUCGAGGUAGCCCCAAAGCCUACCUUUUGUGUAAAGACCAAGGACAAAGAAGGAAACAAAGUUUUCAUCAACAUUUGCACCACCGACUCUAUUCCAGAGCCCAAGAAGAAAACUGUAGACGAUUUGGUAAAGAUGUUGGAUAGUGAAGAGGAAAUGUUAGCGGCUGACUACAGAAUACCAAUGAGCAUUGGGGAGACUCCGCAUGCAGAGGUGGACAAGAAAGGCCAGGGUUGCAGUGUGCACGAUAUAGCUAUAAACCCUAACUACGUAAAAACCAUCAAGGAGGAACCAGCCUUUAUGAACUUCUUCCUUCAAGUUGUAUUUGAAGGUCUUACUGCUAAGUUUAAUAUUGAACUCGAAUGGGACUGGUUGAUACUGAAGAACCGAACGCACGUGGGCCGUGUUAAACCGCACAUGAUCAGAACCUACCGUAAACCAGUUAUACAGGAGAUGGAGAAGACGGAGAGUACAAGUAAGAGACCUGUCAAGAAAACCAGUAAACACACUCAACCCGCUCCUAAACCCGACUACAUCCUCCUUCAGGAGCCGAUAGAAGGAACCCCAAACUACCUGAUAAUAGAAGUGUGGCUACCAGGAAUAGAGUCCUCUUCUAAACUAACUCUAGAUGUAGGAGAAGACAGACUGACCCUGCAUGCUCACCCUGCCAAGUACUUCCUGGACAUUGAGCUGCCCUACGAUGUGGUUCCCAUGGAGAGUGGUGCUCAGUAUGAUACAGAGGUUCAGCUUCUUACUGUGGCUUUAAUGACCACGUGUGCUGUGGAGCUACCCAGCAAGCCUGAUAGAGUUAUUUCUCUUGAUAGAGAGAGGUUCUUACGGGAUUUGAACAAGAAUGAUAAUUGAGAAGGGUGUGUGUUACAGGAGAUUUUCUCAGCUUUGAAGCAUUUUUUACCCGAAGGGUUGACUCAAAGAGUUUUAUAACUGUCAAGUAUUUGUAAAUAGGCGUUGUAACAUUUUCAGAUAUUUAUUAUUUAUCUUUACAG